CUCAGAAUCUGAAAUCUGAUGAAGACUAUAACUCGGAUAAGGAUGAUGACUCAUUCAAUUAUGAUAUUAAAGCGGUUUUAUUCGAUGAUUAUUUAAACCCAAAUAAAACGAAAUUCGAAUGUAAAUUAGAAGAUGGUCGUCUAAUUAUUGAUAUUGCUAGCACUAAGACUGCUGAGGUAGUAAAAUUAGCGAUGGAAAAGAAGAACGAACGAACACAAUUUAUGAAAAGUGUUAUCCGAUUAGGGCUUUCAUCAAUCGUCGAUUUAUCUUCAGAGUUUGAAAAUGGAAUGUGUACGUGGUUUGGGCAGGAAUGGACGGAUAUUAAAAGAAAGAUGUGCGAUAGGUACAAAUAUAACGAAGCACGCGACUAUUUAUAUAAGAUUAGAACUGGCAACCAUUCCCAAAUAGUACAGCAAAUAGCCACAAUAUAUUUCUACGUGAUUGAUGAAUUUUUAAAAAAUCUGUCCAUAUUUGUAGACAAAACAGGAAAAUAUAAGGAAAUCAGCGAGAUUGAAUAUGCAAUGGCUAUGACUGUACCAAUACUAAAUAAUGUAUUCAGUGAUGCCUUUGAUUAUCUGGAACUUCGUUGGGGAGAAACAUUAUCUAAGACUAUGUCUGAUCGUCGUCGAAAAAUCGAUUUGAGAAUUGUUCAUAAAACCAAAAAAAUUGAACUCAGCCAUUCCGAAUCCGCCAAAGCUCCUACACCCGGAAAAGUUGUACAAGAUCGUUCAAAAUGUUUACGAACAUUGAAAGGUGUUCUUGAUAAUUUCUUAAAGAAGAUUUAUCUGAUGAGAAGGUUCAGGACUCAAAAAUAUUAG